GGCACUCCAUCGGUGUUGUUGUAAGACCUCGAGAUAUGACUUUGCUUGAACAAGUGACGUUCUUGCAACUUUGAUUUGCAUGCCGGUUAGCUUCAAGUGCCAUCCCAUCACUCUUUCAGUGCCAGCAGCAAAGUAAGCAUUUUAGGAGACAUGGGGACGCUGUGCAGUCCGAGCCCGUUGCAAUCAAUUCCACUGAGCAUACAGCGAGAUGACUUGUCAUGCAAGCCUGAUGCACUUCAACAAAGGCAGGGGAUAGCAAGCACAGCAGGGCGCGCAGAUGCCUCCACAGGGUCAGCUGCAGCUGUAAGUGCCCAGGUGUUGCCUACAUUCGACCUGUCGGAGUUCUUGGAAGCAGAUGCAGGCAGCAGGGAAGCUCUGCAACGCUUCUGUCGGGACAUGGCCGACUGCUUAGCACAGACGGGUUGCCUCAUAGUCCGGGACCCCAGAGUUGGCACAGCAGAGGCUGACUGCUUUCUUGACAUGAUGGAGCGGUAUUUCGGCCAGCCCGCAGACAUCAAGAUGCCCGACGUGCACCCAGAGCUGCACUAUCAGGUGGGCGCGACACCUGAGGGAGUUGAGGUGCCGCGGUGUGUGGUGGACCCGGCCUGUCUGGAGACAAUAGAGCAGCAGCUGCCGGGCCACAAGGCCACUGUGCCCACUGGUGCAGACCCCAAGUGGCGCUUCUUCUGGCGCCUGGGGCCUCGACCCGCCCAGACAAAGUUUGCUGAGCUCAAUGCGGAGCCUGUCAUCCCGCAAGGCUUCCCGGAGUGGAGGGAAGUGAUGGAUGACUGGGGCACAAAGAUGCUGGCGACAGUGAGCACGGUGGCAGAGGUGGUGGCCUGUGGGCUGGGACUGCCAGCAGAUGCAUUCACUUCCAGGAUGCACAUGGGUCCGCACCUGCUCGCACCCACAGGCACUGAUUUGGGGACGUAUGGCGCACUCGGCAGCUGCUAUGCUGGGUACCACUACGACCUCAACUUCCUGACCAUCCACGGCAAGUCCCGCUUCCCUGGGCUGGCAGUGUGGCUGCAGGACGGCCGGCGCAUGCCUGUGAGCAUCCCCAGCGGCUGUCUGCUCAUCCAGGCGGGCAAGCAGAUUGAGUGGCUCACCAAUGGCCACGUGCGCGCCGGCAUGCACGAGGUGGUAUGCACAGAGGCCACUCGAGUAGCUGUGGAGAGGAUGGCGGCCGAGGGCAGGCAGCUCUGGCGCGUGUCUUCGACUGUCUUUGCACACAUGGCAUCUGAUGUGCUGCUGGAGCCGUUGGGCCGGUUCGCGCAGCAUGCAGGCGAGAACAAGUAUAAGCCCAUCCUUGCUGGUGACUUUGUGCAAGAAGAGCUCGAGGCGAUCAGGCUUAAAGGCACUGCGCCAUGUUGAAUAAACCACCCUGCAUCCUUUGAACAGGAGUGAAUUGGCACAAUGGUCCUUGUAUUGGUUUUUACUUUUCGAGUGUCCACUGGUGGCAAAUGUGCCACCGUGUCUGGCUUGUGAGGUGAUCUGUGGCUUCACAUGUCAUUGGCUGCAGUACACUUGGACGAAGAUCAAGCCUUGGAUGUGAGCUCACUUGAUCAAGCCUUGGAUGUGAAGUCGGAUUGUCAAAGACCGAGAGUUUUGUGUCAUUCUGAAGGGGUUCAAAAUGCGGUCAAGCUAUGAUCCCAGAUUGACAAUAUGGUAAUCUGACAAAGAAGGGGAGACAGAAAGAGAGUGUAAAGACAUCGUUGCCAACC